UGGGCUCUUGCUCUGCGAGACCGGCUAGUGAGCCGAGCCGCGGGAAAGGCGCGUGUCGGCCGCUCACUGGCGCAGCGGCUGCGGUUGCCGUCACCGCCCCGCCCCGGCGUCGUCGCUGGCAUCGUCGUGGACUGAGCGGGGCCCCAGCCUGGGCAGGAAGCGGGCCUCGGGCACCGCGUGUGUCGCGGCUGCGCUGCCGGUGACAGGGGUUUGCAAUAAAAUGGGACUUCUGAUUGUAUUCAUUGGACUAUGGCUGUUUUCCUCAGUAAAGGCAGAUUCAAAAGCCAUUACAACUUCUCUUACGACAAAAUGGUUUUCCACUCCAUUGUUGUUAGAAGUCAGUGAGUUUUUAGCAGAAGACAGUCAAGAGAAAUUUUGGAAUUUUGUAGAAGCCAGUCAAAAUAUUGGAUCAUCUGAUCAUCACGGUACUGAUUAUUCCUAUUAUCAUGCAAUACUGGAAACUGCAUUUCAGUUUCUGUCCCCUCUACAGCAGAAUUUGUUGAAAUUUUGUCUGUCCCUUCAUUCUUACUCGGCUACAAUUCAAGCCUUCCAGCAGAUAGCAGCUGAUGAACCUCCACCAGAAGAAUGUAACUCAUUUUUCUCUGUGCAUGGAAAGAAGACCUGUGAUUUUGAUACCCUUGAGACUCUUCUCCUCACGGCAUCUGAAAGACCCAAGCCUUUAUUGUUCAAAGGAGAUCACAGAUACCCCUCAUCUAAUCUUGAAAGCCCAGUGGUGAUUUUCUAUUCUGAGAUUGGUUAUGAGGAAUUUUAUAAUUUCCACCACCAACUUAUAUCAGAAAGCAAUGCAGGCAAAAUCAAUUAUGUAUUCAGACAUUAUAUACUUAAUCCCAGGAAGGAGCCUGUUUACCUCUCUGGCUAUGGUGUGGAAUUGGCAAUUAAGAGCACUGAGUACAAGGCCAAGGAUGAUACUCAGGUGAAAGGAACUGAGGUAAACACCACAGUGAUUGGUGAAAAUGAUCCCAUUGAUGAAGUUCAAGGAUUCCUCUUUGGAAAAUUAAGAGACCUGCACCCUGACCUGAAGGGGCAGUUGAAAGAACUCAGAAAACACCUUGUGGAGAGCACCAAUGAAAUGGCACCUUUAAAAGUUUGGCAGUUGCAAGAUCUCAGUUUCCAGACUGCUGCCCGAAUCUUGGCUGCUCCUAUUGAAUUAGCUUUGGUGGUUAUGAAGGAUCUUAGUCAAAAUUUUCCUACCAAAGCCAGAGCAAUAACAAAAACGGCAGUGAGUUUGGAACUUAGAAGCGAAGUGGAAGAGAAUCAGAAGUAUUUCAAGGGAACUUUAGGAUUACAGCCUGGAGAUAGUGCACUGUUCAUCAAUGGACUUCAUAUUGAUUUAGAUACACAGGAUAUAUUCAGUCUGUUUGAUGUAUUGAGGAAUGAAGCUCGGGUAAUGGAGGGUCUGCAUAGAUUGGGAAUAGAAGGCCUUUCUCUGCAUAAUGUUUUGAAGCUGAACAUCCAGCCCUCUGAGGCUGACUAUGCUGUAGACAUCCGGAGUCCUGCUAUUUCAUGGAUCAACAAUUUGGAGGUUGACAGCAGAUAUAAUUCAUGGCCUUCUAGUCUACAAGAGUUGCUUCGACCCACCUUUCCUGGUGUUAUCCGGCAGAUAAGGAAAAACUUGCAUAACAUGGUUUUCAUCGUUGAUCCUCCUCAUGAGACCACAGCAGAGUUGAUUAACACAGCUGAGAUGUUCCUCAGUAAUCAUAUACCAUUAAGAAUUGGUUUAAUCUUUGUGGUUAAUGACUCUGAAGAUGUUGAUGGGAUGCAAGAUGCUGGAGUGGCUAUUCUGAGAGCAUAUAAUUAUGUUGCUCAAGAAGUGGAUGAUUAUCAUGCCUUCCAAACUCUGAUACAUAUAUAUAACAAAGUAAGGACUGGAGAAAAAGUAAAAGUUGAACAUGUGGUCAGUGUCCUGGAAAAGAAGUAUCCAUAUGUUGAAGUGAAUAGCAUUUUGGGGAUUGACUCUGCUUAUGACCAGAACCGGAAGGAAGCGAGAGGCUAUUAUGAACAGACUGGGGUUGGUCCAUUGCCUGUUGUUCUGUUCAACGGAAUGCCCUUUGAAAAGGAACAGUUAGAUCCUGAUGAGUUGGAAACCAUCACAAUGCACAAAAUCCUGGAGACCACAACCUUCUUCCAAAGAGCAGUGUACUUGGGUGAACUGUCCCAUGAUCAGGAUGUGGUAGAGUAUAUCAUGAAUCAGCCAAAUGUUGUUCCACGAAUCAAUUCUAGGAUUUUGACAUCCGAGCGAGAAUACCUGGAUUUAACAGCAACCAAUAACUUUUUUGUGGAUGACUAUGCUAGAUUUAGUGUCUUGGAUUCCCAAGGCAAGACUGCUGCUAUUGCAAAUAGUAUGAACUAUCUGACAAAGAAAGGAAUGUCCUCCAAGGAAAUCUAUGAUGAUUCUUUCAUUAGGCCUGUAACUUUUUGGAUUGUUGGGGAUUUUGAUAGCCCUUCUGGAAGACAAUUACUGUAUGAUGCUAUUAAACAUCAGAAAUCCAGUAACAAUGUUAGAAUAAGCAUGAUCAAUAAUCCUAGUGAAGAUAUAAAUUAUAAGAACACUCAGAUUUCCAGAGCAAUCUGGGCAGCUCUCCAAACACAGACCUCCAACUCUGCUAAGAAUUUCAUCACAAAAAUGGCCAAGGAGGAGACUGCAGAGGCCCUGGCUGCAGGAGCUGACAUCGGGGGGUUCUCUGUCGGGGGCAUGGAUUUCAGUCUUUUUAAAGAGGUCUUUGAGUCUUCCAAAAUGGAUUUCAUUUUGUCUCAUGCCAUGUACUGCAGGGAUGUUCUGAAGCUGAAGAAGGGACAGAGGGCAGUGAUCAGCAAUGGAAGGAUCAUUGGGCCACUGGAGGACAGUGAACUCUUUAAUCAAGAUGAUUUCCACCUCCUAGAAAAUAUCAUCUUAAAAACUUCGGGACAGAAAAUCAAAUCCCAUAUUCAACAGCUUCGGGUAGAAGAGGAUGUGGCAAGUGACUUGGUAAUGAAGGUAGAUGCUCUCCUGUCAGCUCAACCAAAAGGAGAUGCAAGAAUCGAAUACCAAUUUUUUGAAGACCGACACAGUGCAAUUAAAAUGAGGCCAAAGGAAGGAGAGACGUAUUUUGAUGUCGUGGUUGUCAUUGACCCUGUCACCAGAGAAGCACAGAGACUUGCCCCAUUGCUCUUGGUUUUAACCCAGCUGAUCAACAUGAAUCUAAGAGUGUUUAUGAACUGCCAAUCUAAACUUUCUGACAUGCCUUUAAAAAGCUUUUACAGAUAUGUCUUAGAACCAGAGAUUUCUUUCACUCCAGACAAUAGCUUUGCUAAGGGUCCAAUAGCAAAAUUUUUGGAUAUGCCACAGUCUCCUCUUUUCACCCUGAAUUUGAACACACCGGAGAGUUGGAUGGUGGAGUCUGUCAGAACACCGUAUGAUCUUGAUAAUAUUUAUUUAGAAGAGGUGGAUAGUGUGGUGGCUGCUGAGUAUGAGCUGGAGUACCUCUUACUAGAAGGUCACUGCUACGACAUCACCACAGGCCAGCCCCCACGAGGACUGCAGUUUACAUUAGGAACUUCAGCCAACCCAGUCAUUGUGGAUACCAUUGUUAUGGCCAAUCUGGGCUACUUUCAGUUAAAAGCCAACCCGGGUGCUUGGAUUCUCAGACUAAGGAAGGGUCGUUCUGAAGAUAUUUAUAGAAUCUACAGCCAUGAUGGCACAGAUUCUCCUCCUGAUGCUGAUGAAGUUGUUGUUGUCCUCAACAACUUCAAGAGCAAAAUUAUUAAAGUGAAGGUUCAGAAAAAGGCAGACAUGGUGAAUGAAGACUUGCUGAGUGAUGGAACUAUUGAGAAUGAAUCUGGAUUUUGGGACUCCUUCAAAUGGGGCUUUACAGGAGGACAGAAGACUGAGGAAGUGAAACAAGAUAAAGAUGACAUAAUUAAUAUUUUCUCUGUGGCAUCUGGUCAUCUCUAUGAGAGAUUUCUUCGUAUAAUGAUGCUAUCAGUACUGAAGAAUACUAAGACUCCUGUGAAAUUCUGGUUCUUGAAGAAUUAUUUGUCUCCCACAUUUAAGGAGUUCAUACCUUAUAUGGCAAAUGAAUACAAUUUCCAAUAUGAACUUGUUCAGUACAAAUGGCCCCGGUGGCUUCAUCAACAGACUGAGAAACAGCGCAUCAUCUGGGGUUAUAAGAUCCUCUUCCUGGAUGUGCUCUUCCCACUAGUUGUUGACAAAUUCCUGUUUGUGGAUGCUGAUCAGAUUGUACGAACAGAUCUGAAAGAGUUAAGAGAUUUCAACUUGGAUGGUGCUCCUUAUGGCUAUACUCCCUUCUGUGAUAGCCGGAAAGAAAUGGAUGGCUACAGGUUCUGGAAAUCAGGGUACUGGGCCAGUCAUUUGGCUGGGCGAAAGUAUCAUAUCAGUGCACUGUAUGUCGUGGAUCUGAAGAAGUUUAGGAAAAUAGCUGCUGGUGACAGACUCAGGGGACAGUACCAAGGUCUGAGUCAGGAUCCUAACAGCCUCUCAAAUCUUGAUCAAGAUUUGCCCAAUAACAUGAUCCAUCAGGUGCCAAUUAAAUCACUCCCUCAAGAAUGGCUUUGGUGUGAAACGUGGUGUGAUGAUGCCUCUAAGAAAAGGGCAAAAACGAUAGAUUUGUGUAAUAAUCCAAUGACCAAAGAGCCCAAGCUGGAAGCAGCUGUUCGAAUUGUCCCAGAGUGGCAGGAUUACGACCAGGAGAUCAAGCAGCUACAGACCCGUUUCCAGAGGGAGAAAGAGACAGGAGUGCUGGACAAGGAGAAGACAACACAAGAGUCACGCUGGGAAGGACCUCAGAAACGAGAAGAGUUAUGAUCUUCAUUCACAAGCGGAUAGGAAAUUACACCAUUUGAAAAACACUUUUUAUAUUAAAUGCUAGUUUUUUUCUGAUCUGUCUCUACAACUGCUGAUAAACUGGCUGGGCAGGUGUGCCACACCUUUUGAUUCUGACCAUUUGAUUUUGACUUCUGCAUACCAGUGGGCUCUGGAUUUUUAGAGUUAAACCUCUAUUGGAUUUGUACCUCAUAGGAAGACAAGUGACUGAUCUUUUGAGACUCUGUAAAGAGCAGUCUUCUGACCAGAAGGGAAAAUGGCAAAGGCAACUGGAAGAAAAUGAGUCCUGUGGUGACCACACCCAAGAGCACACACAUGCUGCACCACCACAGGAAGCCAACCAGCCAGAGCAGCCAUGUUCUUCCUUACCUCAGUUUACUGGCAGUGGAGCUCAGUCUGCAGCCUGCACUGUGGUGGCAGAAGCUUCUGUGUGGCAGAAGCUUUGUGCAAGGUCCACACACCUUGAGGUUUAUGCCAGUGUGCUCCUGUGUCCUUUUGUUCUCUUCUCCAGCAUUAAGUUCAUUGUCUAAUUGAAACCCAACCAACAAUCAUGUGUCUUUGGAGUUGGCUCGGGACAGAUUAAUUUGGGGACAGGAUGGGGUGGGUUGGGGUGAAGGUGGGGAACAUAGCAGAAGUAGGAAGACUCUGGGGUGUCUGAGGGGAAAUGAGGAAAACAGAAAUUGACUAUUCUCUUUUAUAAACCAUCAGUACCAUGUGACUAAUUUGAAAUGAAAACAUGAUUCUUAAUCCCCACCCAACCCCAGUAAACUUUUUAGAUAAUUGUUUUGUAAACAAUUUUUGUAUUUGUGAAGGUCUGCUUUUUCUUCCCACUUUCUAAAAAAAAAAAAAGAAAAAAAAGUCUGUUAUGGAUUUCCUUACUGGAUACAGCCAUAGCGAGCCCCUCUGGUGAUCCAUCUCGCAGGGCUCGGGGCUCCCUCAGAAAGGUCAUUGCAUCAUUCAUCCCUCUGCUUCCUGGGGAAGGGAUUGUCUCUUUCAGACCCAGGCAAAGCUGGCUUGACUUCUCUGUGAGGAAAUCCCAGAGCUGAGAACAGGAGAGAUGUUGAACAGGAGAGAUGUUAAUUUGUUUCUCUACACUGUUCUAUAUUCCUUUUAGUUGAGCCUGUGGGUUGCCUUUGGUUUGCUGAAAUUGCCGGUAUGCCACCUCUUCUGAUUGCACAAAAUCACACCUUGAAGGUGUGUUGGCCCUUUAGUCCCUGCCUUUAGUGUCUUUGCUUUAGCAACCCAGAACAGUCCUUCUGGAGAAGCCUCUCCUGGUAAGUAGACAGUGUGGGGAGGCACCCACAAGAGAGUCUUCUGGUGUGGUGUUGGGCUGCAUGGGUGUGAGGCUCUGGGUUCCUUCCCUCCAUCUGCCCAGGCUGCAGAGUACAGCAAGCAGCAAGAGUACUCCCAUGGGACUGCACUUUCUUCCAGGGCAAACUGGUGUUGUCUCCAGUAUUUUGCCUGCUUUUUAAAAAUAUGAGGAGGGGCUGCAAAUGGAUAGGAGAAUCCUCACUCUUCUAAGCCAGGGAACAUUGAUUUGCAGUCUUUUUUUAAAAAUCAAGUCUUGUGACAACUACCAAGGAAUUUUUUCCAUAUACACAUAAGCAAAAGUUAGCUUAGGAGUCUCUCAGCCUGAAGGAGCUUUUCAGUUUGCUUUUAUAAUUACAUUAAAAAUUGGGACGAGGGGAGCUCAAAAGAUUUUUCUGUAAAUUGAUCCAAGACUGAAAGAUACCUCAGAAUCAUUGCUGUUGACAAAGGCUGUAGCUUGAGUUCCCCCUGCCCUGCUGCUCACCUGGUCAGAAUAGCUAAAGGGAUAGAAUCAGAGCAAAAAAUAUUUGUUCAGCUUCGUCUUCAAUUUAAUUAAGCCUUCAGAGAGGCUUCUGCUCCCGCAGCUUUAGUCUAUAAUCGUGAACAGAGUUGUGCAUUUUCUGAGUUUAUUUUCUGGGAGACUGAGCAGGAAAUACUAGUCACUGGAGUAUGCUUUUUAAAUGGUGGUUCCCAUGGGACAUGGACAUUUCUUCAUGUCUUUCCACCAGGUCUCGUGUGCAUAUUCCAUGUGAGGAAAGUACAGUGUGAAAUCUGUUGUCUGUAGUAUGUGUGUCCUCACUGCCCUUAUUCAUCACCACCCUAAACGGAAGUUUUACCAGUAGCUGAAUCUAUAUAUGUAAGAUCCAGCUUACUUCUGAAAUAGUCGAGGGCCUGCCUUCCUUCUCUUGGUUCAUGUGUCAUCAGCAUCUUUCAGGAUGAACCUCUGAUGCCCUAGAAAGUGAUAAUACCACUAAAAUUUGGUCUUGGUCAGCUUUGUCUAUUGUCUUUACUGUGUGAAAACAAAUUGUGACUGAAAAGAUUUUUUUUUCAAGAGGCAAGAGCGGAUGGCAAUGAAACACACAAGCUUCUGGAAACUUCACAGUGCAUUAUUUUUAACCAUCAUUUAUUUAUAUGUAAUGGAAUUUUUUCUCUUAUCAUGCCAUAAUGGGAAAUUUUCUUUCUGAAUCAGUGCCAGAGUGCUGUAAAAUAAUGUUACAUGUCAGAGUGACACGCAGCAGUGUGUUUUUAUGUUCUAUGAGUAGUGGUAUUUGAUUGAGAUCAAACCCAUGCACACAGCCUGCUGCUGGAGCUGUGGGGGCAUGCCUAUGUUUAUUUUAAAAUUGUACUCAAUCCUUACACAUUGAGAAUGAUGACACAUUAGUUUUCCCUAAGGCCGAUAAAGUGUAGAAUCUCAAAAUGUGGCAUUUCAAAUGGAAACGUACAGAUGUUUGCCUACCUACUACAUGCAUAUGCCUCAUGAUACGCCUGUGUGUUGUAUGAACUCAGCUCGUGGGAGAGCAAAGAUUAUCAAAUCAUUUCCAGGAAUAGAGCUUAAUGAACUCUCCUUUCCUCAAGUCCUCAUAUAAUGGACUGUGUUGAGGCUUCACUUGAAUGAAAAGCUUUUGUCUGGUUGCAGGGACUCAGUCCUCGGAUAAAGAGUUGAAAGCUAGAGGUGGCAUUACAGUUUUCAGAAGAGACUGGCCCAGGUAAUAGGAAGGGAAUCCAUUUCCUUUAGCUGGGAGUUACACUUGAAGGAUGCCAUAAUUUGGAACAAGUCAGACACCACCCUCCUAGCAAUGAGUAAAAUGAUUCCCCUUACCCACAUUUCCCCUAGGAGUAAAUGUAGGUACUUAAGAGCAGUCCUUUUCUAAAAUUGCCAUGAAUGAUUGAAAGAAAUAAUUCAACUCAAGAGUUAUAAGGAAAUUUCUAGUGCAUUUUUCUGAAUAUAGUGUUAGUGCUAUGGCAUCAGAUUUCAUGGAAAUGGAAAUGUUUAGGUAAAGUCACCUAAUGGAAACUGUUUGUUGGCAACAACAAAUGGAAGGUGCAUUGUGUGCAAAUUUAUUUAAAUAUCGAUUCCAUUGUGUAAUUUUAAUAAUUUUUAAAUAUUUGAUUUUAUGGAAAUACUUUUGUGGGAUGAUAAGAGUUAAAUAUAGCUAUCAUGUCUAGUUUGGUGGGAUAACAUUUUUUACCUAAAUUCAUGUUUUCCCUGCCUUGAUGUAGUGGUGGAAGGUCUCAAUCAUGACUUUGGUAAUUAAUUACCUGAUUGAACUCGAGCUAAUGAGACUUUGUUAGCUCAGGUUGUAAUCGAUAUUUCAAACUAUCUGGAGGAUACCAGUUUUCUCUUUCAUUUGGUAUUUGAUCUCUUGGUCUAAUACAGAAACAACACUUCCAGGUAACAGUGUGUCAGGGCAUGGAGUAGUGGAUCUCUCCUUUCAGGGUGCCAUUGGGUGCUGACAAGUUUAUAAGAAGAAACUAAAAAUCAGCUUCAUGCAGCUGCAUGCUCCCCAAAAGUAGUGCAUUUAGGUUGUUUUUUAUUGUUGUUUGUUUUUUGUUUUUUAGUGCAUUAAGUUUAAACUCACUGAUAAUGAUUUUGCAAGCAAGAGGCUAUCUCCUGAGUCUUAAAUUACCUAGCAACGCAGAGGGCAAAUGUGGAGAUUUAAGAGGAAACAAGUUAGGGUAUGAGUUAAGGCCUUUACCCAUCUGUAACUUAUGCAUUGCCUUACUUGUCACCAUUUAGAUUUCCAGAGAAGUGGCAUAAUUCCUCUUCAAAAUAAAAGUAGAAAAAUCUAAGGUUAACAAUCUGAGAGAAAGAUGAUCAAGUACCAUUUUAUCCUUGGUAAUAACAAGGUAAACAGAAAAAUGAAAAAUGUUAGAAUUUUUAAAGAACAGUAUGUAUUAGAAAACCUUCUUUAUAACUGUUUUGUUUUACUGUAAUCUAUUCCAUCAAAUGCAACAUUGGUCCAGGUGCUGCCCCUUGCUUGGGAAGAAGCGCUGAGGCUCUAAAUGUCUGCAGAGCCCUCUGCACCUGAAGUGAACUGAGAAUGAAUUUCCUGGUACUGUAAUGAAAAUAAGGUCUGCUCAACACAAUAAACUUUUCCUUGUCUUCUUCAAAA